UGUAGCUUUUCCAGUCUUGAACGCUUCACUCCUGGAGGGAGACAGGUUCUAGUGAACAACGGCUCUGUAUUCAGAUUGUCCUUAAAUGACUGUUAAAUAACUAACAUAAAGAAUAUAACGAUACGGAAUGAAUCUUUAACAAAACGAUACGGAAUGAAUCUUUAGCAACGUGAUGUUUUCGUCUGCAUAGCGUUUGCGUUUCGUUUUCACAGUAUAAAGACAUCAUUUUUUACACGCGCUGACUAACGUCGUUAACUUGUUGAAUUGUCCGGUUUUUAGGAGUGUAACUCUUUAUUUACCCUUCAGUUCCGAUAUCGUUGUCCCCAAGCUUGAACGUCCCUGGUUUCUCCUCUUGGUUGUGCACCCUGCUGGAAUCGGUCGAAGAUAUGGAGAAUGAUAAGUCAGUGUGUUUCAACGGUAAUGAGUCGUCGUGUCCUGAAUGGAUAUCACUGGAAAGCUUUCUCACGCAAAUCUGUCAAGAUCCAAUGAUUAUCACGUUAUCCGCAGUGAAUGAAUUACUCUCAACGGAACUAACUCAAUCAUUCAAUGGACCGCCGGAACAACCGUCGCCAUCUUUCCCUACUAGUUCUGGAAGACCUUCGCCAACUCCCUGUACCGUAAGUGUACCAUAUCAAGAUGAAUAUGUCUUUGAACCAUCGAAUACCACCAAAUCACUUGAAGAUUCGGACAUUCACCAUGAGCUGACCGCUGUUACCGAGUCUUCUGCAUUGAAUUGCCUCGCAAACGGGACUCCGCCGAAGAUGAAUGGCAAAUCGAAACCUGCUGAGGACGAGUCGGCUUUAUCGUCUAUAGGUUUCCUUGACGACCACCACCAGUCGAACAAGGAGUCGAGUCCCACGUCCGAAGACGAUGACUUGACUUUAUCGUUCGCGGAACUAUUCCCGUCUAAGUAUUUGAUGCCAGUUACCCGAAAAAAGGCCCAGUUGUCUCCUGACAUCCAGUCACUCCCGCGGAGGUUUGACUAUGAUGAUUAUUCCCUGCCUUUGAUGGAACUCUCUCCUUAUAAAUACUUGUAUCAGUGAAUGAUUUUCAAAGGUUCACCAUUUCCCUCAAUCACUAUGCAGAUUUCCGUUCACUUUCAAGGUUAUGUCAAAGCAAUAUGCCUUAAAUCACCAGAAGAAUAUAUCGUUAUGCUAGUGUCCAUUGCAGAUCGUCGCUCAAGUUUCGUUUAUUUUAAUGACAUAACCUGCUUUAUUUUUUAGUUCAAAUUUUUCUUAAGGACUUACGGCACAAUUUGACAUAUUCCAGUCAAGGUGCCCCUAAAAAAAAUUUAAACCGUUAGAAAAUAGUGGUUUGGUGUUUUUACAGCAUAAGCAUUAUUGUUCAUAUAGAUUGCAGCCAUGAUUUUAAUAUAAAAAAUAUACAUUUUAGAACACU